AUGCCAAAAACUAUCCUCGACAUCGUCAAAGAAUGCGACAACUUCAUCCACCCCACCGAAGACCCCAUAAAAUACACCCAAAGCCUCCAAACCUACUACGUCUUCCGACUACCCGACUGUCCCACGCCUCUGGGCUACAUCCCCGCAUCCAUCAUCCCACAGAUCAUCUGGUCCCCAGAAUGGUGGUGCAUCAACCACACGUCCAAAACCGUCACGCUGACGGCGCCGGGGCCCGCGCCAGCCCGCACCCAGCGCCUCGCGCAGACCCUCCACGACACGCGCGCCGCCCGCAGCCUCGCCCUCCUCUCCGGCUGGCGCAACGAGACCUUCCCCGUGUACGGGCCACGCGGCGACGUGCUGCUUGAGAUCGAGCGCGCCGCCAGCGCGCUGUUCGGCGUCGUCACCUACGGCGUGCAGCUGCUGUGCUAUGUGCGUUGCCGGGACGGCGGGCUCGCGCUGUGGAUCGCGCGCCGCGCCGCCGCGAAGCAGACGUACGCGGGCAUGCUGGACUGCACGGCGGCGGGCGGGCUGGCGGCGCGGAUGCGGCCGGUGGAGGGCGUGGUGCGCGAGGCGGCCGAGGAGGCGUCGUUGGCGGCGGAGACGGUGCGCGCGCGCGUGCGCGCGACCGGGUGUGUGUCGUAUUUCCAUGUGCGGGGCGCGGACGCCGGCGGCGAGACGGGCCUGCUGCAGCCUGAGGUCGAGUAUACGUACGAGAUGGAGCUGGGGGAGGGGGAGGAGCCGCGGCCGGGGGAUGGUGAGGUCGCGGAGUUUAGGUUGUGGGGGAUUGAGGAGGUUGUUGCGGCGCUGCGGAGGGGCGAGUUUAAGCCGAAUAGUGCGGUGGUUGUGGUGGAUUUCUUGGUGCGGCAUGGGGUUGUGACGCCGGAGAAUGAGAGGGAUUAUGUUGAGAUUGUGGCGAGGUUGCAUCGGCGGUUGGAGUUUCCUGUGUGUACUGUACCUAUGGGUUAG